AUGCUGGUGCUCACAGGGACCACGGGGCAUUUAGGGUCCCGGGUUCUCGACACGCUACUCCGCCAAAGGCUGAUCCCGCCAUCGGAGCUGGUCAUCUCAUCCAGCCACCCCAACAAUGUGUCGCCUGCAGCCCGGGAUGCCGGGGUCGAGGUCCGGAAGGGUGAUUUCACGUCUCCGGACUCGCUGGCAGCCUCGUUCAAGGGCGCUGACGCUCUGUUCCUGGUGUCGUUUCCCUCGCCCAGCGUCGAUCGGUGGCUUCACCACAAGGCCGCCAUUGACGCGGCGAAACAGGCGGGUGUCAAGACGGUGAUUUACACGAGCUUGAUGUUUGGCGGGAAGACGGGCCUCGACAGCAUAGCCGGCGUGCAGCAGGCGCACAUCAAGACCAUCAACUACCUGACACAGAGCGGACUGCAAUACGUGGUUGUGCGCGAGGGCAUCUACGCGGAAAGCUGGUGGUUGUACGCCGGGUUCCAACCUCAGAAGUUCAAAAAGGGCGACAUGGACGACAUCACAUUCGUCAUUCCCAACGAUGGCCCCGUCUCCUGGGUCACAUGGGACGACCUCGGUGAAGCCACAGCCAAGAUCCUCCGAGACUAUGACAAGUAUCUGGGCCAGACGUUGAACCUGACGGGGCCUCGGGCAACCAGCAUCAGCGACGUGGCCAAGCUGGUCGAGGAGCACACGGGGCGGAAAGUCAAAGUCGACAUCGUGGGUAGGCAGGAAGCCGAACGGUACCACAAGUUUGAGAAGAAAAGCGUGCCCCAGGACAACUUCUGGGUGGUGGAGAGCUGGAGUGGCUGGCAUGACGGAAUUGCCCAAGGGGAGACGGCGACGGUCGAUCCGUUGAUCGGUGACAUCCUGGGGAGGCCGCCCAGAGGCAUUGAGGAGAUGGCAGCACGUCUGUUCACUCCAGAAUAA